AUGCCUCACUCAUUCGGUUACCGCGCGCGCACGCGCGACAUGUUCAAGCGGGGCUUCAAGGAGCAUGGCCCCGUCAAGAUGUCGACGUACCUCAUUGCCUACCGUGUAGGAGACAUCGUUGACAUCAAGGCGAACGCUGCCCAGCAAAAGGGUAUGCCCCACAAGUACUACCACGGCCGAACGGGAAUUGUCUACAAUGUGACGCCAAAUGCUGUUGGUGUCAUCGUCAACAAGGUCGUCGGCAACCGCUACAUCGAGAAGCGGGUGAACAUCCGUGUUGAGCACAUCCGCCACUCGAAGUGCCGGAAGGAGUUCCUUGACCGCGUUCAGCGCAACCAUGAUGAGCAUGUCGCUGCACGGGAGAAGGGCGAGCGCAUCACCCUUAAGCGCAUCCCCGCACAACCUCGCACUGCACACGUUGUCUCGACGAGCGGAAACGCUCCCCAGACCAUGACCCCCGUUCGUUACGAGACGACGAUCUAA